AUGAAGGUGAAGGUGGUGAUAUUGGGACAGGAUCCAUACCAUGGACCAGGUCAAGCUCAUGGUCUGAGUUUCAGUUUUCAGGGCGAGGAGGACGAGCCUCUUCCACGUAGCUUAAAGAAUAUUUACAACGAGCUGAUGACUGAUAUUCCAGGAUUCCAACAUCCAAAACAUGGCUCGCUGAUUGGCUGGGGUAGACAAGGUGUCCUUUUGUUGAACACCUGUCUCACAGUGGAGCAAGGCAAACCUAAAUCUCAUAACGACCAAGGCUGGGAAACAUUUACAGACGCUGUCAUAUCAUAUCUCAGCAACAACUACACGGGGCUGGUGUUUAUGUUGUGGGGAAAGGAAGCUCAAGAAAAGACAGUCUUAAUAGACCCGGCUCGGCACCACGUUCUCGAGUGUUCCCAUCCAUCACCUAGGUCUGUAAAUAAAACUGAUCGCCCAUUCAACGGCUGCAAACACUUCUCCAGAUGUAAUGCAUGCUUAGUAGGACAAGGCAAGGACCCUAUAGAUUGGAAUUGCCUUUCUAUCGAUUAGAAUCGGCUGCCUAAAGACUGGAAUCGGCUGCCUAUUAACUUGGAUUCUGGAGUUUGCUGCCUAAAGACUUGAAUUGACUGCCUAUUAACUUGGAUUCUGGAUUUUGCUGCCUAAAGACUUGAAUUGACUGCCUAUUAACUUGGAUUCUGGAGUUUACUGCAUAUAAACUGGAAUUGGCUGCUUCUUUACCUGCGUGUUUACUUGGAUGGGUCACCUACUGCCAGGUAUUGGCUGCCUAUUGACUGGACUGGGGUGCCCAACAGUGGUAUCGUGGCGCGUUAGUGAUUAAUUUAGACUGGAACAUGUCGCCAAGUGUUUCUGACACUAUCAUGGUGAGGACGUUUUGAGACAUAUUUUUUUUGAUUAAUUUCUUCGUCCUCUCCAGGUGAAACCGGACCUGGGGGAUGGGGGGUGGGGG